CCGUGCCAAUUUCAGUGUUCUUUUUCCUCUAUGGAUUCCAGCUGUGAUACUCCACAGGACCAUGAUCCAAGCAGGUUAAUCAUAAAAGUAUGGGAAUUUUUCGCAAGUGCUGCAACCGGUCUAUGCCAGCUAUAUAAAGGUAAAAUUGAUCACUGUGCUGACUUCCAAAGUUUACUGGAUACGUUAUCCUCAAUCGAGAGAUUCUAUAGAGGAUCUGCGAAUUCUGUAGAAGCUGCUUUAAGCUAUGGAAAGAUUGUCGGUUCUCAAUAUCUACGCCUUCAUUUGAGAGACUUAGCUUAUGAGAAUAUUCAAACUGUUACAGGAGAUAACGGAGUUGAAGUUUAUGUGCCUUUAGAAUCAUUACUACUUAGAAGCACUGAAACGCUUGGUCAUUCGAGGAAACUCCAAAGAAAACGUCCACGUCAUUGUGUUGGUUGUCCGCGUUUAUCUAAACGAAUUGCUCUGGAUCACUGUGGUCACAGGCGUUGCCGUAAUAAGCGCUCCAAAAGUAAACAAACAUUCUUUCCUGUUUCGAACACAGUCUUAGCUGAUUCGCAUUUGUAUGGUGUCAUUGGUGGCCUCAAUAAAGAUGGGUCUACUGGAAACGAAGAUGAAUUAGUAAAAUCAAUAGUGCCUAAUUCGUUAUCCACAUCUGAAGAUUUUAUUCCUCCUAUCAGUUCAUUUGUCAAUCAUUCAAGUAUUUCACAAUUAGUUUGUAAUGAAUUGACACACGGAAGAAAACGUCAUCAUUGUAUGCUUCCCAAUUAUCAAGUAGCGAAUAAUGCUGCUAAUUAUCAUGGUGAAUCAAUCAGUCGGGAUCCAUUCAAUGUCUUUCAGGAUGCUGUACAGGUUAUAAAUCUUCUUGAUCCACUCUCCAAAUUUUCUGUAACCAAUAGCACAGGAAACUUGCAAAACUCGUUCAAACGUCCCCGUAUUGAAAAUCCCACUUCUCCCAUUGAUGGUUCGAACAAUAUAUUAUGACAGUCAGUUGAUGCAAAAUACAAUAAACAUUUUAUUGGUUAGAUCGCAUGUAUAUUUUCUGUGUGAGAUGUUCUCAUAGUUUUUCUUCGAAAAAAUUAUCGCACCUCUUAAACUUCUAUAUGAUUUGACUCCUAUAUAUACUUAUAUUCUUGAGGUUGUUCAUGAUUUCAUCCACUUCCUAGACUACCUGACAUGUAUGCAUUUGCAAAAUAUUAGUGGUAGUUCCAUCUCUAUCCAAUUGACACAUUUGUUUGUUUGCAAUUAUUUCAGAUCUGUAUCAAUAAACAAAUAAGUCUAAAAAUGAAGGCGUCAUUGUCCAAUAUACAAAGCGCUUGUCA